AUGAGAUUUGGGAUAUAUAUUCAUUUAAAGGAGGGAGAACAGAACAAUAUGUCGUAUAACAAAUUAGCUGACGAACAAAUAAAUGUGGUUCAUAAUCCGAAUGCCAAGGAAUUUGAAGUAAAAUUAAGUGAUUCGUCUGCAGAAAAAGCUUAUUUAUCUUAUGAGCUCGUUGGUAAUACAAUUGAUUUACAGCAUACCUACGUGCCAAAUCAAUAUCGUGGAAAAGGUGUGGCACAGAAAUUAGUUGAAAGUGCUCUUGAUUAUAUACAAAAUACUCCGUCGAUUCAACACAUCCUUCCAUCAUGUUCAUAUGUAGCCAAACAUCUUCAAGCUAAAGCACCACAAUAUUCACAUAUGACAACAAUUCGUUUAAAAAUUCCCCCCAAUUUGUAUUCACCAUGGAAAUAUCUAUAUAAACAACGUAGUAAAAAAGCCAUGGAUCCACCAGCACCAUUAACACCAUUUGAACAAAAAUUAUAUGAUCAUUACAAAGUAAUAUAUGAUACACAAUUUCAAAGUUUAAAACAAAUAUUCUCAAAAGAAGUUCAAUUAUUAUCAACAAAAUCACGUUUUGCACAGUUGCAACUGAGAGCAGAGGAACGAGAAUUUCGUCAUUUAUUAAAACUAGUCCAAUCUGAAAACGAUCGUCUAUUAGACGUUCGUCUUGAAGAUGAGCGUUUAGAAUUAGAAGAAGAAAUGAAAAUCAAAAAUCAAGUCAUUAGUGUGUUGGGUACUCGUGCUGAACAAAAAUUAGCGGAUAUUGAAGCAGAAGUUAAACGGAUGAAGUUAGAAUCAAAAUCGCAUAUAAAUCCAAAUGAUUUAGACUUAGAAAUUGAAAGAAUGUUAAAUGAAAAACAUGAUUAUGAUUAUUCGAUUAAUUUACAAGGUACUAAAAAGUUGAAAGGUGGUCAAACGAUAGAUGAACAACAACAGAUGUUUGAUGGUAGAAAACUCAUUAAAGAUGCACCGUACGAAUUGGAACCAAAGCAAGUCGAACGGAAAGCGCCAGGAAGUUCGAAAUAUGAAUGA